UGCGCAGUGCGGUUCUGACGACACGUUGGGGAGAAAAGCAUGGCGGACGAGGGAAGCGUGAAGCCAAACACAGAUGAAACACUCGAAGGUUCGAGUAGUGGUGAUGAUAACAGUCACAUUAAUGGCGCUGAAAACGAUGAGGCAGUGAAGACCUUCAAGGAGCUGGGUGUCACUGAGGUCCUCUGUGAGGCUUGUGAUCAGCUGGGAUGGAAGAGUCCAACAAAGAUCCAGGUAGAAGCGAUACCGGUCGCUCUGCAAGGAAAGGAUGUCAUUGGCCUGGCAGAGACUGGUUCUGGGAAGACUGGUGCUUUUGCUCUGCCUAUCCUCCAGUCACUGCUGGCCUCGCCCCAGAGGCUUCAUACCCUGGUCCUCACCCCCACCAGGGAGUUAGCGUUUCAGAUCUCAGAGCAGUUUGAGGCCCUGGGCUCUAGCAUCGGUGUGAAAUGUGCUGUAGUAGUCGGUGGAAUCGAUAUGAUGUCCCAGUCUCUGGUGUUGGCGAAGAAACCACACGUUGUCAUUGCCACACCUGGUCGGUUGAUUGAUCACCUGGAGAACACGAAGGGCUUCUCCCUACGAGCUCUGAAGUUCCUGGUGAUGGACGAAGCCGACAGAAUCCUCAACAUGGACUUUGAGACUGAGGUGGAUAAAAUCUUAAAGGUGAUUCCCAGAGACAGACGAACCUUCUUGUUCUCCGCCACCAUGACCAAAAAGGUCCAGAAACUACAGAGAGCAGCUCUGAAAGAUCCUGUGAAGUGUGCAGUAUCUACCAAAUACUCCACAGUAGACAAACUGCAGCAGUACUACGUCUUCAUACCGUCCAAGUACAAGGACUGUUACCUGGUGUCCAUCCUGAACGAGCUGGCCGGGAACUCCUUUAUCAUUUUCUGCAGCACGUGUAACAACGCCCAGCGGGUGGCGCUGUUGUUGAGGAAUCUCGGCAUCACCGCCAUCCCUCUCCAUGGACAGAUGAGUCAGAACAAACGUCUUGGAGCUCUGAACAAGUUCAAGUCCAAGUCUCGCUCUGUGCUGCUGGCAACAGAUGUGGCCUCCAGAGGACUGGACAUUCCUCACGUCGACUGCGUAAUCAAUUAUGACAUCCCCACUCAUUCCAAGGACUACAUCCACAGAGUUGGCCGAACAGCCAGAGCGGGGAGAUCUGGGAAAUCCAUCACUUUUGUCACCCAGUAUGAUGUGGAGCUUUUCCAGCGAAUUGAAACCUUAAUUGGGAAGAAACUUCCUGCCUUCCCGACCCAAGAGGAAGAAGUGAUGAUGCUGGUGGAGAGAGUGAGCGAAGCACAAAGGUUUGCCAGACUGGAAAUGAAGGAACAAGGGGAGAAAAGGAAAAGGCCCAGAGGAGGAGACGGAGAUGACGAUGACACAGAACAAGCAAGCGGAGUGAGGAAGAAGGUUAAAGGAGGACCGGGUGGAGGAAAAGGAGGAGGAGGGAAGAAGAGAGGCGGCGCAGCCUGGAGAGGAGGACGCUGAACUCUAAUAGAUUGUACAUAACUCCAGCAUACAAUGCCUUUUCCUGUUUUUGAUGUAGAAACAGGAUUAUGGCAGCACACUUUCCACUCUUUAGUAUGGACGCAAAUGACUAUUUAAUUACAGAAAACAUGCUUUCCCUGCUUCUGUAUGAGAUUUUUUUUUCCCAUUUGUAAUAAAACACAACUGUAAAACCCAAA